AUGCUGAGCAAGCUGGACGAAUCGGUUGGCCACGUGGUCGAGGCGCUUCGCAAGAGGGAUAUGUUGAAGGACAGCAUAAUCGUGUUCUCCACGGAUAAUGGCGGGCCACCGGCCGGAGGAGUUAGGGGAGCCGGUUUGAUAUGGUCGCCGAAAUUAGUGCGACCUGGCAGAGUCAGUAGACAAUUGUUGCACAUCAGCGACUGGCUACCAACGCUAGUAACAGCUGCCGGUGGCAAUCCGUCCAAUUUCAGCAUCGACGGCUUGGAUUUGUGGUACGCGUUGAGCGAGGACACCGAGUCGCCUCGAAAAAUGGUUCUUCACAACAUAGAUGACAUUUUUGGCGUGGCAGGGAUCACGUACGGAGACUGGAAAUACAUUCAGGGGUCUACUUAUAACGGGCAAUGGGACGGUUGGUACGGUCCAUCCGGAAGGGAAUGGGUCUACGACGUCGGAGGUGUGAUUGGUAGCACGGCUGGUCGAGCAGUGGCCAGCAUAGGCUUGUCUUUGUCCGCAGACCGUAUUCGCGCCCUUCGAGAGGAUGCCAUGAUCAAGUGUCCUCCGAGGAAUGACAGUUUACCACUGUGCAGACCGCUGCAGGCGCCUUGUCUGUUCAAUGUUCGGGAGGAUCCUUGCGAGGAUAAUAAUCUGAUAAACAAGUAUCCUUCUCUCGCGUCCGAGUUGCAAGCCAGGUUGCGCAAGUUAAAUACCACCGCGGUAUUACCGGGAAAUGUUCCGUGGGACAGCAGAGCAAAUCCAGACUAUUGGGACCACACGUGGACUAAUUUCGAUCUGAUUUAUAAAAAUAAUUCACGCACCAUCGAAGAAAGAAGAAGGCAGAAAAAAGAGGCUGGAUCGUUGCCGCUGGCACACGAAGAUCGCAUUCUACGAUUCUCUAACGAUGUCAGUGAGUACUUGUUCCUCAUCGUGGAUGACUAUGUUUAUACCGGUGGUGAAACUCGCGUUUACGAGAACGGCCGCUAUUCUCUCGCGUUAAACGUCUCGAAACGUUUCGAACCGUACGAAUCGCCGUAUGAAUUACUGUCAGAAACCACCACCAGCACUAUCGAACACCGUCACGACUGUCCCAAACAAUAA